GGGUAUGUGCUGGAAGCUGGUGUUGGUGUGUGUGGUGUGGAUGGUCCUGGGAGUUUGUUUCCAUGCCUGGAAGAGAAGCCUGGGGCUAGGACAGAACCGAGCAGAGCCUCCACAGAGGAUGGAGGAAGAGAUUAUCGAGUAUACAUGGGCGCCCCGGUCUAGGAGCCCAGGCCCCAGUGUCCCCCUGGCCCUUGCCCUGGCCGACAGCCUGCUGCUGUGUGUGCUUCAGGAGCCCCUCCCGGACCUCUCAGUUCCCCACAUAAAGACUCUCCUCUGCAGGCUGGAGUCAGUGUUUCACACAAUCCAGAAGGCUGAUAUUGACAACACAGUGGUGGAGGUGGACUAUGACCCUAAACUGACAGACAAAGUGAAGCUCAUCCAAACCUACCUGCAGCAAAGGAUGAACUCACUGUGCAGACUCAUCAGUGUGCAGCAGAACUUUGAGGCCAGAGUGAAGGACAUGCUGGAGGGUCUGGACGGCCUCUGGUCUCAGCUGGAGGAGCUCCAUACUGGAGUCACGCUCACCAAAGAGGGGAGUCAAGGCCACAGAGACCUGGCCUCCGCUCUGACAGAUGCAGAGACUUUGUUUGCAGUCCUGGGCCGCUACAGGAACAGACUUCAGUGCUGCCAGACUCAUCUCAAAGACAGCACACAACUUCUGCAGGAGUUGACUUGGAGUCACACUCACAUGAGCAACAGAGUGAGCAGCAGCGGUGAGUCACUGUGGCCAGAGCUGCUGCUUCAGGCCAACAUCGAGCAGUUUGACAAGGUGCAGGAGAAUUUCCUCUCCAUGGAACAACAGACCUCUACCUUCCAGGCCCACCUGGAGGGACUCAAAAAGGAAAGUGAGGAAGGACAUGCUCGUGCUGAUGGUUCCCGAUCAGGCUCGGUAUCUUCACAGACUUCUCUUCAACUCCACAGUGAACACUUUAGUGCGGUGUCACCUGAGAACCAUAGCCCCCCCACUGCAUCCUCAUCCUCAUCCUCAGUCCCUUCAACAGAUAAAAACACAGAAACAAACCGUCUCCUUGCUCUGUGUGAGAGGUCAGCUCUGCAGUUCUCCUCCACUGUCGGACGCCUGCGUAGAUCUUUGAAGAAGAAGGGAUCCAUCCAUCCAUUAUCUUGA